AUGACCUGCGGUUUGGUACGAAUAAGAUUGGCUAGAUUCGGGAGAAAGAAUAGUCCAGUGUAUAAUAUUGUGGUGGCUAAUUCCCAUAAGGCAAGGGAUGCCAAACCGAUUGAAGUGCUUGGAACCUAUGUGCCGGUGCCCAGCCCAGUUACUAAGAGAGAGUUGAAGAAGGGCGUUGUACCCAUUAAAGACGUUAAACUUGACUUUGAUAGGACAAAGUAUUGGAUUGGUGUGGGGGCUCAACCCAGUGAAACAGUGACCAAGCUAUUACAAAAGGCUGGGAUAUUGGAUAGCGCCUGGAUCACUGGAAAAAAUAUCAGCGCCGAUAGGAAGGUUGUAUUUGAAAGAAUGGAAACAUCAGAAUGA